GGAUAUUAAAAUUUUACUGGAGCGUAGUUUGUACCAUUCGCUACUAUGGGAGGUGAUGUUGAUCAUGAUGAUCAUGAUGAUAUUACCAGGGAAGAACUCUGCAGAGAGUUCAAACCAAGUUUCAAGUACCGAUUUACAAACAUCAUUGGGUCAAUAAUUGACAAACCUGUCUCUCUUUUUCGCGAACAAGUCGUUGACAGAGUUCGCACUCCAUACCCAUAUUAUCAUAAGCGGUACGACCGUGUUCCAACGAUAGACCAGUGUUUAACUAAUGACAAGGCUUGCAUCGAGGAGGCCAAUCAGCAAUAUCAUAGGGACCGGUUGGUGGAUCUCAAUAUAGUUCGAAUUCUGCGAAAACGCAAAAAUGAAUGUAUGCGGUGGUACAAGUAUGAAAAAGAAGAUGUUUAUCGAUUCUGCGGUCCUAUGUUCACUGAAUAUGAAGAUGCAGCUGUCAACUACUAUAUUAAAUAUGGAGAAUUACACUGGACGGCAAAUGUUGUUGAUGCUUUUAUGAAACAGAAACAUCGUUUACUAUGGGAAAAACGUUAUGGUCCAGUUGGUGAAACCUCUGAUGAGAGAAAAAAACUAGCUGCAGCUGGUGAUAAAGCAACUAAAGAGGGAAAUUUCGUUACGAAAAUGCGAGAACUUGGCUUUAGUAGAGAUUUACCAAAAGAAAUCCAUAUGUAGUUUACUGGUAGGCAACCUAACCUUUAAUACUGUUGUUAGUCUAAUGAAAAUAUUGAACUACUAUUUGACAGUAAUUAUAAAGUUGAUUAUUGCCAAGGAAAUCAAUUGGAGAACUAUUAAAAACUUGGGUCACAAGAGAGGUGUUUGGCUCUCGUACAGUGGGAUACGUCGGGAGCAAGUGGACUUCUACAACCCCUCCGGAGAUUAAGUCCAGUACUUUCCGUUUUUGGGGUAAUUUUGUCACCCAUUAGACCGCUAGGUUUGAAUUCAGUGGCCCACAUCCCCGACGUAAUUCUGACUCUUUUGACAUGUUGGAAACAUAAAAAUGCAUUUUUUGUUAUCCAUACAAUGCUGAUUUAAAUCGAGAGUCGAAUUACUUUUCGACGUACCUCUACUUUUGCUAUAUGAAGGCGUUAUACAUACUCUUAAGUUGUAGUUCUCACUGAUAAAUCAGUGUUUUCCUGUUGUGUUGUAAAGCACUUGUGGUUGGACAGCCGACUUUCAAGUGUAGCGUUUCAAGUUCAAAUCUCGCUUUAUCUUCAGUUUGUAUAAUCACAUAGUAUUGUUGCUGGUACUCAUAAAAAAAUACAGGUUAUUCAAAUCAACGUACACAAACCUACUUGUUCUAGUUAUAUGUUACACUUAUUUUUCUCGGAAGUUGGAAUUCAUAUCUUAAGAGCAUAACAAAUAAAAGAUGUAGUAGAACCUUCCAUUGUAUAAUAUUGUAAAAUAUCCAUACCUAUGCCUCUCCAACUUGGGGGGAGGUGUUUGUGAUUAAGGCGUCUGACUCUUACCCGCCAAGUCCCUGGUCAUAACCCUACUGUCUACUUCAGUUUAGGCAACCGGAAAUAUUAUUUUAUCCCUCACGCUCAGUGUAGCUAAAACUUAAAUACUUGACAGAUGAGUUAACUUAUUAUUACCAUCGUCUCUUUGUUACCUUUUCUAAAAAAAUCUAGGUAGCUCCAAGUGUUUACCGAACUUCAAAAAAGACGGACAUGAUAUAAUUCUCGUAUGGUUAUAGUCUACUAGAAUACUUCUUCCUGUUUAUCAUCGUACUUGCUGAAUAGGUUGUUUUUUCUUUUUAAAAAGGUAGUCUUAAGAUUCUUCAUUGAAUCUGCUGACUUUCUAAUCGUAUUGUGUAAUAUUACAUGUGCAUAGCAUUUUUCUAUACAUGAUCUUACUGCACACCUAAUCAGUCGUGUUUUCUCUUUGUCCCUAACAAGAAAUAUUCCUAGGUAUAAAAAUUUCAAGUUAUAACAAGUAAUAGUGACAAUAUAAAAUGCGUUGAUGUUUCGGUUUGUUUCGUUAUCUUCAGUAGCUGAUCCAAUUAUCAUUUAGUCACAUUAUUGAAUCACUUUUAAACAAAAAUUAAUUUGUAAUAUGGGACUUAUGAUGUAUAGAGGCGGUUACCAAGAAUAAGGCCUCCUGAGAUUCGUCGAAAAAUUGAUUUCACGACUCAACAAGUAAAUGUGAAACAAUUUUCGAAAA